AUGAGCAUCAUGAACAGCUUCGUCAACGAUAUUUUCGAACGUAUCGCAGCGGAAGCAUCCCGAUUGGCACAUUACAACAAACGUGCCACGAUAACUAGCAGAGAAAUUCAAACAGCCGUUCGACUAUUGCUACCAGGAGAAUUGGCCAAGCACGCCGUCAGCGAAGGUACCAAAGCCGUAACAAGUACACCAGUUCGAGUAAUAUGUAACUACGACGACAACAACAACAUCAACAACAACUUACAACAUAAAAACGGUUCUUUUCAGAACCACUAA